CAAGAGCGACGUCGCGUUAUUCUAUGCAGCAAUUCUACGCAAAUGCGCGCCGAUAUUUGUUUCGAUUACUUUGAAAAAUUUAAAAGUUUUUUUCUACGAAAUUUUAGUGUUAAGCUGUUUAGAAAAAUCCGAUAAAAACUCUUUUUUGGUGAAAGUUUCUUCAUUUUUAGGAACUCGCAUGAACUAACUUAAAGGACCAUCAUGACUUUGGAUCCAUAUUCAUCCCCGCUCAUCAUUGUUUCUGUUAAUUCGACUCCAAUAUCCACGAUUGGAUAUAUCGAGAGGAAUUCAACUUUAGUACCGACAUUCUGGAAUGGCUCAUCCAUCUAUGGCCAGCCUGAAUACAUUUUUGACAAAUUCUACGUUAAAGCCAUAUUCCUCAGCCUUUACACCAUUGUGUUUAUGCUGUGCUUUUUUGGAAAUCUAUUGGUUAUCCUGGUGGUAAUGCUAAGCCGACGACUAAGAUCAAUCACCAAUUUCUUCCUAGCUAAUUUAGCAGGCGCAGAUUUAUGCGUGGCACUAUUCUGUAUCUACCAAAACCUUCUAAUCUACAUGAUAGAUAGUUGGAUCCUGGGAAACUUUUUAUGUAAAAUGUACAUGUUUAUUCAAUCACUAAGUAAUACAGCAAGCAUUUUCAUUUUGGUAGUGAUUUGCACGGAGAGGUACUUUGCUAUUUUAUAUCCCAUUAAGUGCAAACAGAUAUUGACAGCGAAUAGAUUGAAGAUUAUAAUAUGUAUCGUAUGGACCUUGUGCGUACUAUACAGCAUUCCAAAAUUAAUUUUUGCCAGCGCUAUACUGAAUGGCAAUGAAACAGUUUGCAUUUUAAAUCGGCAACUUUACAACUCAAAAUGGUUCGAUAUGAUUCAUUUUGGCCUCUUCUAUGUCGUUCCUUUGGGCGUAAUGUCGUUGUUGUACAGCCGCAUUGCUGUCUGUCUUUGGCAUAGCAGUCAGCAACUGAAAAAGCAGCUGGACGCAUCUUCAAAUAGUAGUCAGUAUAAAACGCUCUGUAGACAACAAUCGUCGCGCAAAAGGAAUGACAAGUCGAUCACUACCAAUGGAGCAACUCCUUGUGGAACUCCACAAUCUCCAUAUUCCAAGCCACAACUUCAAAUUCGGACCUCUGGAAGCUCGACUCACGCUAGUAAUGGAAACAGUCCCGCCUACAGUGAAAACGUGCUCAAAGCAAGGAAAGGAGUAAUCAAAAUGCUAAUCAUUAUGGUUGGGGCUUUUGCAAUCUGCAAUCUGCCGGUUCAUGCUAGAAAAAUGUGGCAGUAUUGGUCACCUAACUACCAAGGAAACUCAAAUUUCAGCGCCGUUCUAACACCUUUAACAGCCUUGUGUACUUACUUCAAUUCUAGUGUUAAUCCUUUACUCUACGCUUUUCUGUCCAAGAAUUUUCGAAGGGGAAUGCGUGAAAUUUUGUUCUGUAAAUGGUUGAGGAAGAAACGAAAUUCAUCCUUUCAUCACAAAAUGAGCACCAGAACACCCAGGGGCAUUUUCCAGAGGCAAAGUAGCACAAGAUCUACCUUAAAAGGAAUUAACGUUACAACUGUAACUGUGAUGCAUGAAUGUAGUUCAGAUGAAGUAUGACUUUGUUGUAAAGUUAGUUAAGAAACAUUUGUAUAAUAUUAUAUUGUAAAUACAGUGAUAUUAAAUUAUUUCCAAGAC